UUUUUCGGCGGAUUGGGUUUUUGGGCUUUCCAGCGCACGCGAUCCGGUUCCGUGUGGUCCACUUUGACAGGAGGUUUGAAGCCGUGAUGUCGGAAUCUUCGGAGUGCGGCGGGCCGACAAAGAGGAGACAAAACUCCGCCACAGCGCCCAGCGUCCGCAAAAAGACCCGACAGAGCCAGCAGAAGAGGAGCGGGACCAACCGGGUGUGCCUGGAGAAAGUUCUGGGCAUCACCACUGCAAACAGCAGCAGUUUGACCUGCGACCCCAACUCUGGAUUACUAGCCUACACCGCUGGGUGCAUCAUUGUGCUGCUCCAGCCAAAGACCAACAUGCAAGCACACAUCAUCAACACGUCCAGGAAGCCCUUCAGCGCUGUGGCUUUUUCUCGGGACGGAAAAUAUCUGGCCACUGGUGAGAGUGGACACUUGCCCUGUGUGCGUCUGUGGGACGUGGACGGCGCUCAGGUGGCUGAGGUCCAGAGCCAUAAGUACGGUGUGGCCUGUGUGGCGUUCUCGGCUGCUGGCGACUACAUCGUGUCUGUUGGGUACCAGCACGACAUGACCGUCAGUGUGUGGGACUGGAGGAAGGGGCUGAUUGUUGCCUCCAACAAGGUGUCCAGCAGGGUCCUCGCUGUCGCCUUCGGACAGGACAGCAGCUACUUCGUCACCGCCGGCAACAGGCAUGUCAAGUUCUGGUACCUGGAAGCCUCCAAAGAACGACGGGUGAAUAGUACAGUGCCUCUGAUUGGUCGGUCAGGGUUGCUUGGCGACCAUAAGAACAGUGUGUUCAGUGGCGUGGCGUGUGGGCGUGGCCCGAUGGCUUCCAGCACCUACUGCAUCACCAGUUCGGGUUUGCUGUGCCUGUUCACCGGCAGUCGAACCCUGACGGCCUGGGUCGACCUGAAGACGGCGUCGGCGUGCUGCCUGGCGGUCAGUGAUGACUUCAUAUUUUGUGGCUGUGCGGAUGGUGUGGUGAGAGUUUUCAGUCCGUUCAACCUGCAGUACGUCACCACGCUCCCUCGGCCGCACCAACUCGGGGUCGAUGUCACCUGGAAGGUCCGUCCCAGCUUGCCACCUGCUGUUCCCUGUUACCCAGACACCGUGGCCCUGACCUUUGACCCGGUGGGCAGGUGUUUGACCUGUGUGUACAACGACCACAGCAUGUACGUGUGGGAGGUGGGAGACACGAGGAAUGUGAAGAAGGUCUACUCAGCUCUGUACCACAGCGGCUGUGUGUGGAGUCUGGAGAUGUAUCCUGAGCUGUCUGAUCCAUCACAGGCCUGCCUUCCACUCGGCUCAUUCUUCACAUGUUCGUCAGACAACACCAUCCGCUUGUGGCACGUCGAUCCGCCUGCUACACACCGAAACAUCUACAGCAGUGACCUGAGCAGGAUCCUGUACGUGGGCAACAACACGCAGCACCUGCAGACGGACGCCGACACAGCAGGGGCUGAUGGGAAGACUGGAGUCAGAGUCCUGGCCGUCAGACCGGAUGGACGCCAACUGGUGGCUGGAGAUCGCUGUGGAAACAUACAUGUCUUCAGUCUGCAGUCCAUGGAGGAGCUGGUGAACAUCGAGGCUCAUGAUGCAGAGGUUUUGUGUCUGGACUUCUCCCCGAUUAGCACAGGUCUGAAGCUGCUGGCAUCAGCCAGCAGGGAUCGACUAAUCCACGUCUUCAACCUGGAGAAGAGCUGCAGUCUGGAACAGACUCUGAAUGAUCACAACGCCGCCAUCACGGCUGUCAAGUUCGCGGGUGAGAGUCCGACCCUUCGGAUGGUGAGCUGUGGAGCUGAUAAGAGCAUCUACUUCCGCACUGCCGAACAGAUGGACGAGGGUUUAGCAUUUUGCAGGAGUCACCAUGUGGUGGAGAAGACAAUGCUGUACGACAUGGACCUGGACGCGUGCAGAGACCACGUGGCUGUUGCCUGCCAGGACCGGAAUGUCAGAGUCUACAACGCGGAGAGCGGGAAGCUGCUGAAGUGUUUGAAAGGCUCAUCUACUGAAGAAGGAGCUCUGCUGAAGGUUCAAAUGGACCCAUCAGGGAUGUUUCUUGCCACCAGCUGCUCUGAUAAGAACAUCACCAUCUUUGACUAUGAGACAGGAGAGUGCGUCUCCACCCUGUUUGGACACUCAGAGCUGGUCACCUGUAUGAAGUUCAGUCCUGACUGCGUGCACCUUGUCACCGUGUCAGGAGACAGUUGUGUGUUUGUGUGGCGAUUGGACCCACAGAUGACCAGUUCCAUGAGGAAGAGGCUGGACCUCAGGAGUCUGACACGGGCAUCCAAGAUCUCCAAACAAGCUCACAUCAGGAGGGAGACUUUCAUUACCUUGCCUUCAUGCCAGCUGCCUCAGGUGGAAGAAGAUGAGCCCAGAACUCCAGCAAGACUGGACUCUGCCCAUGAUGUUCAGCUCCUGCAGACAAAUGGGAAGCUGCCAUUGUGGUUCAGGAAACUGCAGGCUGAGGGUGGAGCCACUGUCCAGGCUGCUGCAGAACCUCGCCAGCUACGAGGUCGAUGGGUGGAACAUCAGGAGCCCCUCAUCAUCUGCUCCAGCUUCUCCCCCAGCCCAGCCAGGAACCAGGAGGAGGAGGAGCAGAAGAAGCUGCACUUCAAUCCUCAGAAGCUGGACAACCUGCUGGAUGAGGAGGAGCCAGAGGAGGAGCAGGGGGCGGAGCCAGAGGAGGAGCAGGAAGAAGAGCUGGGGGAGGAGCCAGAGGAGGAGCAGGAGGCACUGCCGUCUGUAGCAGAACUGUCAUCUGAUGACUACAUCCUGUACCCACCAACCAACAGCACGGCUGACGGGGACUUUGACGUGCACGGUCGGGUUCGAUGUGAGGAGCAGGAGCUGAGCCCAGGAUCAGGUGUAAACCUGGAGCAGCAGCAGGAGGCUGACGUGGACUCCCUCAGUCAGGGCAGCUCUACAGGAAGUGCAGUCGUAGAGGAGGAAGAGGAGGAGUCAAGCUCUCUGAUGACUCACUUUGACACCCUAGCUUUGAGUCUGUCUGAUGAAAAGUUUGAGAUGGAUCUCCGGACUCUGCAGCCUCCAGAUGAGAAACAUUUUCUGAACCCCCGACUCAGCAUCUCCAGCCGCUUCCUGUCCCGCUUCAAGGACAGAAUCCGCUCUUUUCCAAGACGAGCUCCGCCCUCUGUGUCCAUCCCUUCCAGGAUCUCAGAAGAUGACAUCAGCAACACAUCGGUGGGUUUGGAGCCAAGUGAGCAGGUGAAGCAAAGUGAACAUGGCUCCAGCGACAUCACAUCCAGAACCCUGAGAGCCAACAACUGUGACAUGGGACCAUCCAUUGCUAAAGGGGCUCCAAUUGUCCCCACUUCUGUUCAGGAGGACAAGGAGAACACAUCUUCUUUAAAGGAUCACCCACCUGCCCACCUGCUGCCUACUGGUGAAGAGAAACUCAGCAACUCCACUGUAGACCAGAAAUCCAGAAUCAUAUAUUCAUCCCAAAUGCCGCAGCAGCACCCCCUAGUGUCUGUAAUUUCAAGUCAUCAACAGCCUGUCUGUGAAGAAGGAAGGCGGAGCUUUGGGAGUGGCCUCAGUGUGACAGAUCCAAAUGAAGCCAGUGCAGUUAGCUCCACCCCUCCAGACAGAACCACAACCUGUGUGACCACGAGUCCGUCAUCCAGACAGGACACGGGUCCAGGAGGCAUAGCCAGCAGCGCUCCGUCUCACAGAGCUUUAACCUUUCUGAUACGCCUCAUGGUCCUGCUGACUGUAGUGUGCUGUGGUCCUCACCCUGUGUCUGCAGCUUUAACUGUCCUGGCAUGUCUCAUGGUCCUGCUGACUGUAGUGUGCUGUGGUGCUCACCCUGUGUCUGCAGCUUUAACCUUUCUGAUUCACCUCAUGGUCCUGCUGACUGUAGUGUGCUGUGGUCCUCACCCUGUGUCUGCAUCUCUAACUGUCCUGGCACGCCUCAUGGUCCUGCUGACUGUAGUGUGCUGUGGUCCUCACCCUGUGUCUGCAUCUCUAACUGUCCUGGCACGCCUCAUGGUCCUGCUGACUGUAGUGUGCUGUGGUCCUCACCCUGUGUCUGCAUCUCUAACUGUCCUGGCAUGUCUCAUGGUCCUGCUGACUGUAGUGUGCUGUGGUGCUCACCCUGUGUCUGCAGCUUUAACCUUUCUGAUACGCCUCAUGGUCCUGCUGACUGUAGUGUGCUGUGGUCCUCACCCUGUGUCUGCAGCUUUAACUGUCCUGGCAUGUCUCAUGGUCCUGCUGACUGUAGUGUGCUGCGGUCCUCACCCUGUGUCUGCAACUUUAACUGUUCUGAUACGCCUCAUGGUCCUGCUGACUGUGGUGUCCUGCGGUCGUCACCCUGUGUCUGCAGCUUUAACUGUCCUGGCAUGGCUCAUGGUCCUGCUGACUGUGGUGUCCUGCGGUCGUCACCCUGUGUCUGCAACAUUAACUGUCCUAGCACGGCUCAUGCUUUAA